CUUCAACAUGUCGCGGAAGUCUCCUUUUGACCUGUCUAAAUGCGCGCGACCGAAUAUUCUCAAGUUGCAACCUUAUCGUUGCGCACGCGAUGACUACAAAGACGAUGGCCACAAUAUCCUCCUCGAUGCCAACGAGAACGCCUAUGGUCCUGGCCUAGCUCUCGAUAACAAUGGCACCUACCCGCCCGCCUCUACGAACACGAAUCUGAGCGUGGACUUUCUCGGUCUGAACCGAUAUCCAGACCCUCAUCAGCACGAUCUGAAGGCACGCUUCUGUGCCUUGCGCAACACCCACACCCACACGAGUAAAACCCUUACACCUGCUAAUCUUUUCUGCGGAGUUGGGUCCGACGAAGCCAUAGACGCAAUAAUACGAUGUUUCUGUACCCCUGGCAUAGACAAGAUUGUUACGUGUCCUCCGACGUAUGGCAUGUACGCCGUCUCCGCAGAUGUAAACGACGUCGCGAUUGUUCACGUACCGCUGAACCCAGACGACGACUUCUCCUUGCAGCCCGAUGCCAUCCUCGCCAAACUCUCUCAAGACUCUUCCAUAAAGAUGGUCUACAUUUGCUCUCCCGGUAACCCAACUGCAUCCUUGAUCCGCAAGGCCGACAUUCAACGCAUACUGGAACACCCCACGUGGAACGGGAUUGUGGUCGUCGACGAAGCGUACAUCGACUUCGCCCCGGACGACUCCAGUCUCGCCGAAUGGGUCCUCGACUGGCCCAACCUCGUGGUCAUGCAGACGCUCAGCAAGGCCUUUGGACUGGCGGGUAUACGUCUCGGCGUCGCCUUCGCCGCGCCCGAAGUUGCAGGUCUGUUGAACAAUCUGAAAGCCCCAUAUAACAUUUCAAGCCCGACCAGCGCCAUUGCCACGGCCGCGUUGAGCCCGCAGAACCUUAAGGUCAUGCGAGCCAACCGGGCGAAGAUCCUCGUCCAGCGCGACAGAUUGCUCCAGGAGCUCCCGCGCAUACCUGGCGUAGGACGCUUCCGCGGCGGGACCGAUUCGAAUUUCUUGCUCGUGGAGAUCUUGGACGCGCCGGCGGACCAAGGUGGAAACCCUCACAACCCGACGGCACUUCACGUCUACGAGACCAUGGCCGGCCAGCGUGGCGUCGUAGUCAGGUUCAGGGGCAAGGAGUACGGUUGUACGGGCUGUCUCCGAAUCACGGUCGGCACGGAACAAGAAGUCGAUCGCUUCUUGCGAGAAUUGAAGUCUGUCUUGCAACAAGCUUUUACGAAACACGCUCAGGUCAACGAACCCGACGAGACGAAGAGGGAAGUUGAGGCGAAUGGUGUGAUAUCGUGAUGCACCGGUCGUUUCUUAAGGCAGAUAAAAAAGGUCCACAAUGUACAGCAGCCCGUUCAGGACGAGGAGCUCAAAAAGCCGACAACCAUAGACUUGGUGAGGUGGCGGCGUUGUCGCAUUUAAAUAGAGAAAGUGCGGCGUUGGCUUGUAUAAAGGUGACUCUAGUUCAACUGGAUCCCAUAAAGAGUAUGGAUAUAACCGGAGCAAACCUAGACGACAGGCAAUGCCGUCUCUAGAGCAUGCCAAUCGAAGAAUGCUGCGCACAUGCCGGCCCUAGGCAUCAUAGAUGGCAGAAGAUUCUUGCGAAUCCAGAGGGAGAACGAUGCCUCAUUCAGGCACUAGAGACACGCAUCUUGAAUGAUGAUUCUGGAAUAAACAAGUUUGAC